GCAUUGACGCAUCUCAUCUGGCCGAUCUUCGUCAGUAUCCCAAGAUCCCCUCGCCAACUGCUCCCGGACAAGUGUAUAAAGCGGUGGCUAGCGAAGAAGCAUACCGCCACCAAACAGGGAGGAGGAAGAAAGGCGAUACUACUAGAGUGUGCAGAGGUCAGACAGAGGCGGCAGCAGCAAGCAAGCAAGAAGCAGGAGGAGGAUGGCCGGUAGCGGCGUGGUGAAGCACAUCCUGCUCGCGCGGUUCAAGGACGAGGUGACGCCGGAGCGGCUGGACCAGCUCAUCCGCGGCUACGCCGGCCUCGUCGCCGUCGUCCCCUCCAUGAAGGCCUUCCACUGGGGAACUGAUGUGAGCAUAGAGAACAUGCAUCAGGGAUUCACACACGUCUUUGAGUCCACUUUCGAAAGUACCGAGGGAGUCAAGGAGUACAUUGAACACCCAAACCAUGUUGAUUUUGCAACGGAAUUUUUGGCUUUAGCCGAGAAGGUGAUCAUAAUUGACUACAAGCCGACUGCUGCCACUUAAUGGCUUGGGCCAAGUGCUGAGUAUGAGAACCUCUUUGGGAAUUUCUUUUGGAUCCUGCAAUUAUGUACCUUGUGCUAAAUAAAUUCGUUCGGCUCAUUUUACCUGUUGAGAAUGAUAGUUCCAUUUGGGUGUAACUAUUUUCCUUUUCACAUAAUACAAUCUAGUGGUUCAAAUAAAUCCCUACAUGUUUCGAAUAACUUUCCCGACUGCAAUUAGCACUUAUAUCA